AUGGCUGCAAUGGAGAACAGCGACCCAAAGGCGGACCAAAUCGAAGUGGAGAUGUCUGAGUUCGAGAAUGACUUUAAUGUCAUCUCUUACACCAAGUUCUACGACGAAUUCCUCGAGGUGGAUUUGCUGCAAGAAAGCUGGCCAAAAGUGGAGUCUUCGAUCUCUAAAAGACUAUGGCAUGUCAUGCACAACCUGGAUGUAGUAGAGGGAAAAAGGAAAGUCUCCCGAGCCACUAAGCAUGAGGACCCAGAUAUUAUUCUUAGGGGCAUGGAUGUUUUGGAGCUUUUGUCUAGAAGUGUUCCAGCAGAAUGGGCAUUACUAGCACUGGAUUGCAGUUUCCAGUAUGAAAUAAUUGAGAUUGGGAAUCAAGAUGAGGGGAUAUGCAACGUGUAUGGCGGUAUCACCAAGGGAAAUACCGUUGCUGUGAUUGGUUCACUCCAAGGAAUAAAUAUGAUCGGAAAAUUUGUGGAAGACUGCAUUGCUCAUGGUGUGCCUCUUGCCCCCCGUGUGCGGAUGAUUAGAAAGAAGACUCAACCGAAGAAGGAUGCGAGGGUUAAGAUGACAAGUGAAGUGAUGCGGAGUCUCGAGGCUUUGCGUGUCUGA